AUGGGGGUUAGUCUGGAUUGCGUUUUGUUAAAUUGUGAUUGUUUUCAGACAAAACAGCACUUCGUUCUGUUUGAAAAUGUCUCUGGGUACAGCCUAUUUCUAGUCAAAGAGUUCGAUGAAAUAGUGCGUCAGUUUUCGGCGCAUCCGAACGCUUUCCUGAAGCCUACUGCAUUCGUUCCUUUCGGAUCGGUUGUGGAAGCUCUCGAAAAUGUGCAAUGUAUCAACGAGGGUCGCGUAUCACAACUCCUUCGACACUUUUUGCGUCAGAAUUUGCCUAUUAAGGACGCUGUCCUUGGAGUCGCAGACGAACGACUUGGCAGCUCCAUAAUGUGAGUCAAGGUUCGUUUAGCAUAUCGUUAGUUGUUAGGCAAGUUUUUAUUCUCUGCCUCUUCUUACCCAGCAAAUACUUACCACAAGAGUAUAUUCUGCCUUGUCAUAUACAACGGAGUCCCACGCCCCCUUUCUCCGACAGUAAGAAGCUAGUUGCACGUCGCGAUACGCAUACCGCCUCGAUAUGGACCUUUGCCACGCUGCGAUAGUACCGAGUGCAUUAGUAGUAUUACUUCUUGUAGUACUUUAAGUGUUGUUAUUGCACUUACGGCGGCUGUACUCCUGUAGACCAUUGCACGCAGUCGAGUUGCUGACUACCGGAUUUCGUCAUCCGUCGUCCAAGAGUCCGCACGAAUGACGAAAUCCGGCAGUCAGUAACUUGACUGCGUUCGACGAGCGUGGAAGCCGAUAAUUUUGACUGGCACACGAGCGCAUAGCAACUGCAUACUUCAACACCUGGCCAGUCUAUUUCGGCGCUGCGAAAGAGAGUACUGUCUAGAUGGGUGGUGUCCACGACUUGCAGUUGCCGUUGAUGUAAGGUUCAUUGUAGCCAGCGUUGGGUGAUGGCUGGGGCAAAUCACCGUUUUCUUCGUGUUGACAAUCAGGUCGAAAAUGUCGCAGUCUGCGAUGAAGAAGUCCAUGCUCCUUUCCUUGUUCCCUUCUGUGGUUGAGUUUAGAGCGCAGUCGUCGACAAAGAGAAGUUCAUGGACGGUAGUUAUGGAUGCACGUGACUGGAAGUACACCCGCCGAUUAUUAAGGAGAUAGUCGUCCGUCCUGUAGGCGACGCGGGUCCCGGGAUGUUCGUCACGGUAGGCGUUCAUUAGUGUAGUAGAGAACAUGACAAUGAAGGGGUAGGCGGAAGGACGCAGCGCAGCUUCACUGCGUUGGUCACUGCGAAUGCCUCUGAGACAGCUCCAUUGUCCGUAACGCGCGCCAUCAUGCCAUCGUAGAGCCGACGUACCAUCUGAGUGAGUCGUUCGGAACAGCCAGAUUUCUGCAAGACUUUCCGUGGCUCAUUCACGAUUAACCGUGGCGAAAGCCUUCAUCAGUUCCACGAAGGUAGAGUAGACAUAGGUCCGCAUAUUCUUGGACUUCUCCUGUAGCUAGCGGCCAACGAAGAUCAUGUCGGUGGUGCCGCGAUGAUGCCGGGGGCCUCGCUGGCUUUCUGGUAGGAGCUCCUGUUCCAGCUGGCUGUUGGGGCGAUUGAGGAGAACGCGAGCGAAUAUUUUUGCCGGCGAUGUUAAACAACAAGAUUCCUCUGUGGCUGUCGCAGAGUUGACGUUUCCUUUUCCGCAUGUAAAGAUGGAGGAUUGUGGCGUCCUUGAAAUCAUGGGGGACUUGUCCAUGACGCCACAUCUCCCGGAAGAGCUUUGGGGAUUAUUGCGUUUCGAGUUGGUUAUAAGCAAAUCUUCACCGAACUGGCUGGAUGUUAAAUAGCCCCUGUAAUGUGUCAAAGCGCCCACCGUCUGGCCUGCAUUUAGCUUAAAACCAGUGUCAACAACCUUCGGUGUAACUAAAGCAUGUUAUGUAUAGGACACAAUUUAGCCAGAGUAAGUAAUAACGGGUAUUUUUUACGACGCACAUGUACAUUUGGCUCCGAAGUUUGGCGCAGUCGUUAUCACUGCUGUUAUGCUUGUUCACCAGCUUCCUCUUUAUCCGUUUUGGCACAGCCAGCGGGGUCCAUUUACUGCUUAACCCAGGGUCGGAAACUGCGACUGAGUACCUAAUCUAUGGGCGAAUUACCGCAUUAAUUGCAUGACGGGGAGACUGGGACUUAGUAUUAUUACUAACUAAGGUUUUACACUAACUCAAAUAAACGGUAUGCAUUUGCUUUCCAUAUCUUUGUGACUGUCUAAUGCAGUUCGUCUGCUGGAUGAGGCUAGCCACGCGUCUAACCAUGUCUUGUCAGACUGCAAACAUAAUAUUUUUGGAUAUGUGUGUUACUUGAUCCAGCUGAUUCGACUAUUUAACAGUUGUCAAACUGUUUACCAAACACGCGUACAUGGACGUGCAUAUUGCCUUCAUCCUGUCUGUUCGCAUUUAUCAUGUUAAAGUCGUAAUGUCAUGUGUAUUCCUACCGCGUAUAACUCAGUUAUGGUAUUAGCAGCACAAAACUGUUUGGGUUUGCGUUUCGCAUUUCCUGCUCUCCUUCGUCAGGUAAACGUUUCUAGCAGACAUUACCACAAAAUUGCCCACGUUUUGAAACCCACCUUAUCCACUGUACCUGGGGGGUUUGGUGCCAGCGGGCCGGUAAGCCUCCAGUGCAUCAUUGUCAGUCGCCUGUCGUUCGGGUAGUCCUGAGUACCCCUAUGGAAGUUCAGUACCAUCUGGUGAGGUGAAAAAUCUUCGAAGACGCGAAUGCAUGGUUAGUCAGUGGGGAAAAUUAUCUGCUCUUCAUCUCCACAAUUGCGCAAAACAGAAACGUUGCUAGUUUCUCCUACGCCCGCUAGUUUUUCUGGCAAUCCUGUCAUUUUCUCAGGUUUAUGCAGGUUUUUGUCCGCAGUGCCGCAAAUAAAAAAAUGAAACAAGAGCGGAGGUGAAACCUACUUAAUGGCAGCCCUCCUGACAUGUCCAGUCGAUUUUAGGGUCUGACACCAAGGUUCCUUCGAACGUCGAAGGGUUUUGGGUGUUUUCUCGUCAGUAGUGUCGACCCGUAAAGCAUCAUUGACUAGCAAAUCGACAUCUGUGUGGGUUGCGAAGAAGAGACAUGACAACUGGGACAACUUUAUUCCCCCUACUUCCCGUACCCACACUCGAAUUCAUCAUCAUCAUCAGUGACAAAAUCAGAAAAGGGUUGCCCUUACGAUCGGCGAUUUCAUCGGACGUUAACGUGUCGAUGUGGUUAACAGAGUCAACCCAGACUAAACGUUGUCCGCUUUGCACUGGAAUUCUUUAGAUCAAGUGAUGCGCCUAGGCAUAAUGCCGCGGAGUACUUCGAAUGCUGUUCAUUUUGAACCGAUCGCCCUGUGCCUUUUGCUUGAUUUUUAGUCGGCCGUGGAUAUUUCGUCGAUUUGUACAACUCGAAAGGCCCGAGUCUUCAGUUACUAAUUUAACCUUGCAUUGUGAGGCAGAGUGGUCUUUUAUUGACAGGGCUGGUCGAGGUCAGUAUGUGCUAUAUACAAUUCUUCUCGAGUUUAUUCCAUUAUUCAACGACAGCAGGUAAAGUUGCAAAGCUUCUUCUUAACUUCUUCCUCGGCUAUUGUCAGGGUCAGUUUUCGCUCACGGAACCGAAGUCACUCGCAGUAGAAGAAGUAUGCGGUACCUUUACCGUUUUAUCAGCCUUCUGCCCUGUCUGUAUCUCAAAAGUACACUUGAUGGGACCAACUGUUCUGGCGCAAAAGAUAGCAAAUGACAUUGACGAUCCCUCGCACCCUAAUGCAAACUCAACUUCCUGGGGUUGCAUGGAGGACUUCUGACGGCUUAGCACCAACCCAGCGACUUCCCCUAUUUUCCUCUAGCCUUGUCUUCAUUACAGUUAUCCCAAUACCUUGGCCAAUUAUUGACGUCAAGCUCUUAGUGAAAACCUCGUACAGUACUUUGAUUUUCACAUCGGACCGUUUGUUGGACGUCUUUUGGGCUACUGGCAUUGGACCAAGUCGCUGGUUCGUUUCCCAGGGGAUUUUUUAUAAUCCUUCAGCCUCUGUUGUAAUUUCCCAUCAUCUCGGCACUAAUUUUCUCCACCAAGCCUGUUUUUCGACAUUUGUGGGUCUUUUGUGCAAGCAUUCUUUAUUUAUCCCCAACAACACUGUUGUACUUUCUGGCCAGUUCAAAUUAGCCCUUCAGAACGCAUUUCGCUUGUGUAGUUUCUUAUAAUUUUAUGGACUUUACGCCUAACGACUUAUUCGUCCUCCUCCUCUCCUCCUCCCCAAGUGCCCUAGACAUGGGUUUUGAAUGCAUCUGGGAUGCGGCUGUGAGGGAGAUUAUCCGAAUUAUUCGCGCCAAUUCCUCCCGCCUUCUGCGCUCCCUGCUCGUGCAGCCUGGUACCGUCAGUCAGAACAAGGCCGCGGCCGCCCGCACCACCGUCCAAGAAAUCGCUCCGGGCAAACAGGCGGAACACAGGGCACGGCUGAUUGUUGCGCUCUCACGUGCUCGCCUCCAACUUGAUCUGCUCCAGCACCUUGCGGACACCGGCGUGGUCCGUUCUCUCAGUCUCCUUGAUAGCAUGGACAACAGCCUCGGCAGUUCAGUAAAACGUCUGAAGGCUGCUUACGCUCUCCACUUUCCUGAGCUUUGUCGAGAUCAGGAGACACGCGCACUCGACGACUUUGCUUUUAUCUCUAUAAUAGCCAACUUCCCGAACCGGGACGGUCUGCUAAGGUCUAGAAAUGACACUUCUGGUUCUAUUGAAAAACUCUCCGAGUGGACCGGUAAUCGAAAAUUAGCUGAAAACAUUCUUGCCUGUGCGAGCACGUCGACGGGUCAGGACCUUGCCGAGGAAGACUUCACCACUCUUCAGACCUACGCCCACUUUUUACUGAAGCUUCUUCAGGUAACUUUAUUAUACGUGCUAGUUGAGUCUACUAACAGUGUCGCCAAUGGUAUCCGGUCUUUAAAUGGUUAGUCUACCUCGUCCUGGAAAGCACAAAACUUUUGCGCAGGCAAAUAGUUGCGAACGACCGCAAUGAAAAUUGUCAAGGUCCUUCAAGCGGUUUUUCGGGGUGAGAGAAUACGUGUUUGUAACUGCCGGCGGAAGUUUUUUUGGAAAAACUGUCUCGCAUGUGGUACUGCUAAAACGUGUGCACUCGCACGUUUUGUCUUUACGGCCUGCCGUCUAAGCAUUUUUCCGUACUCCUCACAAUGGAAAUCUGGUAGAUGUUUAUUUUAAGACCUCAGUCGCCUGCAUAGGCACGCCAACGCCUCGAGCAAUCGACAUUCUUCCUAGAGUUUUUAUGCGUAAUACCAACAAGAACCACCCUACUCUAAGCAACUCUGCAAAGAAUCGUGUUUUUAUGAUGGUCAUACUGCCCUGGCCGCAGUCCGUAACCAGCCCACUUCCAUUCUUCCUGAUGCUCACAUCAGUUGUCCCGCGAAUCUGAGCUGGGCGUUAGCGUCACAGCCCCGUAAGCCGUUUGGUCAAAAUAGUUGAGAGUAGUUGACGUAACUCUUCAGUGUCGCUAUGAAGAAUGGUUUUAUUUUGGAACAAGGAGCAGCCAUGUCGCUGCAUGCGUAGACUAGAAUUUAAUUCCAGGCCAACCAAUGCCAUCGAUCAGCUUUUUUCAUUUUGAUUUGGUCUCACAUUUCUGCAUCACAGUGGAUGCGGACGGAGAGGAUGGGGUCGAUACUGUGCAAGUUUUCCACACUGUUAUCUCACCCACUCGCAGAUCACAGCUGCUACCCUGGGGAAGCGAUAGUCGUCAUGUUCCAUUAUCUCGCUUGUUACCUGUUUCGGAGUUGUGGACGAGACACGAACAAAAUGUUAUUGUCUAAUGGGCUUCUGGAAGGCAGCUGUUUAAUCUUUUGCCAGAAAACUAAAUCCGGUAGAGGGACACUCAUCAAAAGGAUUGCGUAACGUGCUCGCCUCGUUGUGCCUUGGAGGAUCAAUCUAAAACCCUCCCAGGCAGUCGCAUAGCGACUAGUAAUAUUCAGAUAACGUGGUAUUAACAAAGACAAGUGUGACCGAGAUGGCCAUCUCUGGCUUAUUAGCCGUUGUCAGCCAGCCACACCCAACCUCAGGUUUUGGGGGCACGUAGGGUUCGAACCCGAGUUCUUUGGUCAUUGACUGUUGAGUAGUCCAACUCUAUCGCCGAGUCGGGGGGGGGGGGCAUGUUGUCUUGUCGGUCUUUGCCGGGAAUGUUAACUAUAGUAGAGGGCACUCACCGACUAGGCUACGGGACAUGCUCGUCCCUCGUCUUUGUCUGGACCACUCUAUCUGCGCAUACUACUAGUCGCCUUGCGACUGCCUGCAAAAGCUCUAGAUUGUGUCCCGACAGUUCGGUCGUCGAUUUCGACGAUAUCGAUCGUGUGCUGUACAGCAUGGUAGGCGUAGCACUGCCCUCUCCCACCUGGACCCGGUGUCAUGAAAAAAUUAAGGCCACAAGCGGGAUCAAGCGCGCAGCUGACUGGCCAGUCGUGAGCCCACGCCUAGGCGUGCCACCACACCGCCGGUCCGCAGACAGUGGACAGGAAUUUCACGCCAGAAAAAAACGGAGGCUGCUCGGAUCUCCUCCCUCUGGGAAUGCCAUAAAGUAGGCAGCCAUUCCAACCUGACUCUUCGUUCUGAGAGGAGGACUGAGUUAUCCCGUCAGGUUGUAGCUUUCCAAGCCAUGGCUUUUAGCACACCGUGGUAAAUUCAAACGCAUCAGAUUAUUUAAAAUGAGGACUAUGCGCCAAGCGAGUCGACCUUUCUCUCCUCCCCCCACACACCAAUCCACUGUCUAAACCGGUCGACAGAGCCAGAGAAUUCGUCUGCGCUUGUCACUUACACGACCUGGCCCCACAUACACAACACACCAGGAUUUCACACAAAGAAGGUGGGCAUCUCAGAUCUCACAUAUGUGAGAGUGCCGUGGAGACCACGUUAAGGAGCCGUUUCAGUCUGACUCCUAAUCUGCUAGUCGGCCACUCCACGCAAACGCACACUUGACUGACCGCGAGUUCCGAGUUGAAUCGCCAGUUAGCAGCCUUCCAAGCCACAACUUUUAGCGCACCGGGGUGUAUUCGGGCGUGUCCGCAUUUUUAUAGUGAGGGAUAUGCGCAGAGAGUCGACCUUGCUUUCUUUCUCUCUCUCGCUCUCGCUCUCCCCCACUCCCCGCACCCAUGCACCAGUCAGUUGUCCAAGCCGUCAACCAACUGAUGCUGAGAUUGGUAGAGGUGGCUAAUAGAGCUACGGACGAUCUGUCUGCGCGUACCACACACACGACCUGCCCCCCGCACAGCUUGCCAGAAUUUCACGCAAAGGGGGUAGACUGCUCGGAUCACACACACAACUACACAGAGAGACCGAAGAAAAUCCACUUACUUGAGAGUUGUCCAGUUCGUGCCUGCCGUGUGUGUCGGGAGCGUUCUUGUCCGUGCAUGCGUUGAUGGGGAAUUGUGUGGUCGUGUGGUUAACCUUAGGUUUUUACGGAGGCACAUGGGGCCUAGUAUGCCCAUUCGAUGGCUGGAUGUACGAGGGCAAUGCGGACAGCUAAGGCGAUGACUACGGGUGUAUGUUGGUGCGCCAGGCACGCAUUCACCAGUCUGUACGACGGAUUCGCAAGUAACCGACCAGGCCUCUGCGCGCUGUGAAGGUAAGGCCACAACGAAGACAGGUUAGGAUAGAUUCCACAUUGCCGGUUGUGGGGACGGUGGUGGCGAGUGUAGUGGUUAUUGGGGUGUCGAGUGUUCUGGCCGGUGGUGGGGGUUGGAGACGUAGUUGUCGUCGCGGAGGUUGUGGCAGGCAUGACAGGGUUAGUUGAGGUCGGCGACGUCGACUGAGGGGUCGUGGAAUCAGAAGUGUGAUCACCGGUGGCGAUGGCGGUGGUAGUCGUCGUGGGGAUUGGUAAAGGGGUGACGAAGAGGGGGGGUCGCAGAGGUGAGUGAAGUAGUCGGGUUGUUAGUGCAUAGUGUCCGGUGAUGUCCGACGGGACCUAUACGCGCGCGGAAAUUUCAUUGACAACGUGGACAUGUUGGAUGGUUUGAGGUUGUAGGUCGGAGGCGCCUGAGACUUGAGAGCCGCUCUUUUAACUUUGAUAGCAGCUAUCCAAUUGGCUUUUUAGGUCGGUAAUCUAGUCCGCACUGCUCUUCUCCAGGCCGGUCAAUCUGAUUUAGUUCCUUCCGGGUCUCCGGAUUGAUUUUCAGUUGUUUGAUAAAGGUUUUCAAGGUGUCCUUGUAGUGUCGUUUUUGUCCGCCGUGUCGGCGAUCACCCGUAGUGACAUCGCCGUUGAAAUGUCGCUUGGGUAGGCGAUUGUCGUCCAUCCUCACAUGGAGUCGCUUCAUUGCAGUUGUAGUUACCUCGACAUGGCAUGGAUGCUGAGGAUUCCGGCCCGCUCCGAGACUUCCGUGCCGAGAAUUCUGUCUUGCCACCUCAGCAUUAGUAUUCACCGAAUAUAUCUGGGGUCGAAGUAAUAGAGGUUUCGCGCUUGUCGUUUUGUAGACUGUUCAGAUCUCUUCUCCAUACAGCCGAAGGCCUGGCUGGCUGUGGAGAUCCGUUAUGCCUUUUCGUCGUCGGUUUUGAUGUCCCGUGAGUGUACCCUUAUGGGCGAAAUUGUCCAUGGUUUGAGUUGGGUGCCGUUGACCGGGAUCCGAGGGGUGAAGGCUGGUGCACGACCACCGUUUUGCCCGUGUCAAUGGCCAGCCCGAAGUUGGCACAGCCGUCCUCUGUUCUAUAUCCGGAUUUGUCGCGAUGUUGAGCCCACAGUCGUCCGCAAAGGCCAGGUCGUGGACAGACCUAAAUGCGUUCCUGCUAUUCGAUGCUCAGACCAGGCCAGACAACAGGCUUUUCUCAUCGGCCCUAUUUUUCCGCCUUCAAACACUGCCUCGCGUGUACAUCUACUUGGCCAAGGCGGAAUUGAGUCCACUAACCCAAAUUAUCAUGAUGAGUCACACCAAAAUUAUAUUUGAGACCGAUCAUUGGGACGAAACUGUUUUCUACUAGGAUAUCAGAAACGGAUUUUAAUCGCAGUUCGUUAGGUUCUGUUAAGGAGAACCCCAAGAACAAGAGUUUGACAAAUGUGAAUGUUUUCUAUGAGAAUCAGUGGAUAAGAGUCUUCAAGGAAGAAUAUCAUGAGUAGUAUUGCCAACGGAGUCAAGUAAGCCUGGAAUGGCCACUUUUGACCUACUGGCUGCCGUCAUGUAACCAUACCUCCGGAUUAUUAAUUUGCCGUUAACCUGUGCCACCACCUGCAAGAGUUCUAGGCCGAAGAUCAGAGUCAGAAUGGAAAGACUACAUUUGGUCAUGCAAUCAGUCCGGGUUAAUAAGCGCCACUCCAGCACGCCUCUGAGUUCUCACGGCUUUACAUCCUGUCCCCUAAUUCCCAGAAGUUUUAAGGAAUUACUGAAUAAGCAAUAGUAGCCUCCUUAAGUGAAUAACCUUUUACUGGUUUGCUAGCCAACGCAUUCAAGCCCGUUAUAGUAGUAUAGUAUAGUACAUGAAUAAAUAAUUUUUAUUAAAGACCUAUCGGGCCCCAUUAAAGCCUUCAUUAAUCCUUUUGUCUUCUCCAGUCUCGGAAUAAAUGUUGCGAGAUGCUUGAACGACGUGUCCGUAGUCUACUGCCGAAUCUGACUGCUCUCAUGGAUAGAGUCUUACCUACCAGCCAGUCGUCAGUGGGCUUGGAACAUGUUCGUCGCGUUGGUGAUAGCGUUUCAUCAGUUUUUGUUGUGGCUCGUCUGCUGUCCCACGCUGUCACCCUGGAUCGACUCGCUAGAAUGUCAGCCUCGAGGGUGAAUUCACUGGGUGCCUCAAAGUCACUUUUCAGGUAACCUUUUCUUGUUUGUGUGUUUUCCCACAGACGCCCAACUUUCUUUAACGUUAAAAUAAUUCGACCGUCUUUAAAUAUGAACCGAGCCUCUCCACUGCGGUUGGAGAAAAGAAAGCGAAAUUCCGAAACAUUGUUUGACCUCAACUCUUAACUACCUGUCGGUUUCGUCUAACCUGUCGAAUGUUAUCUGACAUGUGCUCAGUACUAACGAAGAAUCAGAGGUCAUAACGACCCGUAUUCCCACUCGCUUCCUUUUCUCCAAAAUAGAAAGCUGUGUAGUUCAUCGAAUCAGGAUUUGUCAUCACGCUCAAAUUGACCGGCGGUUGUUCAUGAGCAUGGAAAGGUAUUUUUUGUUUAAUGUCUUCUCUAUUUUCCCUGUUUCUACUCCUGCUUGUUGCCUCAAGUUUCCAGCUAGACAGACAGAUUGGUAGACUCCACUCUUCUGGAAAUAGUGAUGUGUCGUAAGAAUGCCAACGAACUUGGCUUAUGUGCCCACACUGGAAAAGUAGAUCAGAGUGGUAAAGGUCCAGGACUGGAGUUGUGGUAGACGGAAAAGCGUAUAAGGAGUUGAUGUCACCAACACAUGCGUACAUGGCUUUCGAAAUUGUCCGCUUCCGAGUUGCGGACGAUGCGGCCUAAGCAAGCUCACGGUGUUUGUUAAUUUGGUGUGAUUUUCUGUAUAUUGAAGUCACAUAGCAUGUGAGAUUGUAGGAUUGUCGUCAGUGGCGUUUGGAUUUGUCCGAGAGUAAAUGUCAGUUGCGUUACGGUGGACAUGGGGGUGUUCAGUCCGAGCUGUGCAGGCUUGCAACCUGCGUUCACGGUAUCGGCUGGUGGUAAGGUGUUGGUAGAUGCCAACAGAGAUCCCCCAACGUAAUGUUUACAUUCUUUCUGUUUUUGCGGUGGAUGCCAGAUGUCCAUCCAAGUCACUGUGGGUCCUGAAAGUGUGUUGACAGCAAAAACAUAAAGGACCAUGUCGUCCUGCAUGCACGUGUGGUCGCCUGACCUGCCCAUAAUUCCGAUCCCAUUCCUCUUAAACUAUCGCUGGUAAGUUGGUGAUGUGUAUCACAAACUCGGUAUUCCUUUAUUAUUAUUAUUACUGUUAGUAAGUAGUGGUUAUAUUGUCCUAUUACUAACCUCAUUAUUUUGCGAUGCGUAGGUUGACAUCUGUUUCGUCCUUGCUAUUGGGUAGGAAAUCAUUACUAUCGGUGUUAUUUGCCUUUUGAAUACAACUGGCUGAUGACGGUUAAUAAGUCAUAAAAACCCAUUCCAGUUUUUCUUGUCAUUGUCGGUACUCCGUUCGGGUUACAUUCUCCUUGUUUCGGGAGUAGGUGUUUCCAUGUUCAAAACGUUUAUGGCGCACACAGGUUCAGAUCUGCUCGAAUGAACAUGCGCGAAGUAGGUGUCCCGGAAGUGUAAAAACCUAAGUCGGUACUUGUACUUGGCACGGCUGCGGUCAUGCCUGAUCUAUCCGGCUUCGAUGAUAUCCCGAACUGUACCUCUGUACGCGUGACGACCCGGGGCAGCAGAUCUGGACAGUUUAAUCGAUUCUCCUCGCCAACGACGGAAACCGAAUACCGAAGAUCCAAGAGCUCCCGUUAUCUCUUGACGAACUGUGUCAAGCUGAAUUUUGACUUGAUCCCCUCUUCUACGCCUUCAGUGGGCUAUCGGUGCCGGAUCGUGGGCAUUAACACUGAGCUCCUGAGAUGGACGACCAAUAACAUACCCAAACCACCUUAGUCGUCCUUCUUGGAUAGCCUGAGAUAUCCUUGCGAUGUUGUUGCAGCGCGUGCAAAUCGUAUCAGUUGAGACGAGGCCGGUGUACUUCACUCGAAGGAUCAUCCUCAAGUAGUGGUGGUCAAAUGCCUCCAGUUUUCGCGCAUCCUCAGCGCGCACAGCCCAGCAUUCACAACCGUAAAGACAGACGGGACAGAUGCACGAUACACGCGAAUCUUAGUGGCGAUGGAGAUGUCGCGUUGUAUCCAUAGGCAUUUUCCAAGGCUUGAGAUGGUCCGGCGGACAGCAUCAAUUCGGGGGACAAUGUCGUCCUUACUCUGCCCAUUCGGCGAUAGCCUCCCCCGAGGUAUUUAAAGCUGUCUACUUCUUCAAGUUGACAACCAUCAAUCCAGAGAGGUGUCUUCUUCUGAUCAGGGAUGCAACUUGAAAACACACCAGUCUUCCCAGCGUUUAUGGGUAAACCGGCCGAUUUAAUGACCUCGUUAACCCGUGAUAACAUAGACUGCAGAUUAUCAAAACUUGGGGCAAGUAAGGCGGUAUCAUCGGCGUAAUCGAGAUCAGUCAGUGGGUUUCCGGGUGCAAACUCAACACCGUCAACUUCGUGUAAGGCCAUCCCUGGAAUCCAGUCAGCAGCGUAGUUGAACAGAAUGGGCGACAGGAUAUAACCCUGUCGAACGCCAGACCGAAUGCCAAACGGUCGGGAAAGAUUGCUGCGAACCAGAACUCUCGCAGUGCUGGAGCGGUAAUAGGCCUUGAUCAUGGCGAUGUUUUUUGGCGAUACGCCAUCUAGUGCCAUUAGCCGCCACAGGGGCUCAUUAUGGACAGAAUCGAACGCGGCGGCAAAGUCAACAAAGCGGACGGCCGUUGGUUGCUGGUAGCUAUGGCGGAAUUCGAGAAUGCGCAUCAGUGUGAAGUCCUGAUCCGCACAUCAACGUCCAGCACGAAAUCCGGGUUGGCUAAGCCUCGUCCUAGAGUCGCGCACAGCCUGGAAUCAUCUGAAAAAGUCUAUAUCGAAGAUCUCCACAGCAACGUCGAUGAGGCUUAUGCCGCUGUAGUUCUCGCAUCUUGUCUUAUCCCCCUUCUUGAGGAUAGGUACAAGGAUACUUGAACCCCAGUCAUCAGGAGCAACCUUGUUUCUCCACGCUUCUUCGACUACCUCAUGGAGCCAGGACGCCAGAGUGUCGACACAAGACUUGUAGAUUUCAGAGGGUAGACCGUCAUCUCCGGGUGUCUUGUUGUUGCGUAGCCUCUGUAUGUCAACAGCGAUUUCUCCCUCAGAAGGGGGGUCGCAUGACACUGCAUUGAUUGGAAAGAGAAGAAAUUCCGCUGCAGAGAAGAGCAAGGGCGCGGUGGGUUGGGCAUCAUAGUUGGGGUGAUGCUCGAAGUGCCCACGUCAGUGCUUGACUUUGGCCGAGCUGUCAGCAAUAAGGCCGCCAUUCACUUGGCGAAUCACUGUGCAUAGGACUUACUACUAACUUGGAGGCUAAGUUGCUAGAGUUUUCGGGUGUCAUUAUCGUUCGAGGCCAGUUCCAUGGAGGUCUCUAUUUCAGCCCAAUAUUGUUUUCGGUCAUCCCUGGCCGAUUUUGCUGUCACCUUUCGAAGUCUUCCGAAGGAAUCAUCAUUACGGGACCCGGCCCGAACAGUCUGUGCAGACAAUUUCAUGGUUCUUCCGCUGACCCAGUCACUUUGGCGGCACUGUGUGAAUCCAAGAAUUAUCUCAACUACCCCAUAGACUGAUGCUUUCAAUAAUGACCAUUGACUACUGCCUUCUCCGUCUGCUCAGGUCGUAAAACGGGACCGGAUUUCUGUAUUCAGGACCUCGACAGUGCUGUGUUGUUGAAGUUUUGCAACAUCAUUGCGUCUCGCACGUGACAUUUAGCUGCAGAUGAAAGGUGAAUUUUCGGGAGUGUGCGAUCGAGAACGUGGUCAGAUCCACGGUCGUUACCAGUUUCGGCAUCGAUCUGCUAUGACGGACCCAGCUGCAGAACCUCGAGCCAACUAGAGCGUAGUCAAUCUGACUGACCGUAUGGUCGUCGUCUGAAUACCAGGUUAUCGGAUAUUUUUUGCAAUGCUGGAAAUACGUGUUGGUGACAAACAAUCGGUCCUCAUUAGCAACGCUCAACAUUCUCUCGUUACUGUAGCAUCGAGAGUCAAGCAGAAAACGGCCACUAAGGUGACUGUGGGCAAUGUCGCUGGAUCCAGUCCAGCUAUUGCAGACCCCGGCAACAAUCAGCUGAUAACGCGAAGGGAGUCUUUCAACUACGGACACCCUAGACUUUUUUUUACCUGAAUAGCACAUAUAAUGCUCGAGGGAUGAGAGUCAUCAACAAGGCAAGAGACACGAAUGACUAACUCUAGUACGAGACAUGCAAAGUACGUUGCUCUGUUUUUAGGAUGUAUUCGGUCUUCGUUCUCUCAGUGCAGGGCAGUUCAAAUACCAAAGCAGGUAGGCAUAGUUGGAACACGAUGUAAGUUCUCGGCCGUAUUUUGUAGGUGGUGCGCAGCCGACGUGUAUAAGCAUGAUGAAACUGAAAUUUUUUAUGCUGUCCUUGGUGGAAGGCUCCCAACUGAUGGAAUGACUUGACGCCCCUCCAGACUUGUGGCUUUUGUGGCAUCUCUUACCUACAUGAGGUCCUAUGCUACCUUUUGUGCAGGUCAGGCUCAUGUGUGUUUGUGUGUGCGGAGACCAGCACACGCGCCCGUGGUGCCCAAACUAAGUUUCAGUGCCACCAACCACUGUGCCCCAUCACACCAUCUUUGUCUUGUCGCUCUCACAUGGUAGAUUUGGGAAAAGGAAGUGAGGUGGAUGCUGCACACUGCACCCUCAAGACAGCGGUGAACGUUAUCUACCACAAUGAACAAACUAACGUUCAUGGCUUUGCUGUCACCGGUUGAGAUGAUACAAAUCGAGGCUGGUGAGAGUAAUGUGGGCUGUCUGCGCAAGCCUGGAUUCUGAUUCGUUUGUCAUAAGAGACUAUUUAUAAUCACCGUCGUUUACACCUGUAGCUUUCGUGCCUAUCUCGUAAGUGACAGCGACCAAAGGUUAGCUAGUGUUUUCACCUAAUUGUUGAUAUUCCCGCCUACGUAGACGGAGUGGAGUCGUUACUGCCACAAACUCGGGCCUCCUGGGUACCGUCGCCGCGGCCGAGAGUCUCGCGGUCGCACCGGAUGGAGGCGUAGGCGUUUCUAGCAGGAGCAUAACGGAAAUGAGUGGUGGCCGUCUUCGACCAAUCGUCGUUCGUCGUCGCAUCACCCGUAUUCUUGCCGCAAAGUCGGCCCUGGCCUCGAGAGCUGACUGUUUCCAGCGCAUGAAUCCGUUCCAAGCGGGUGCAGACGCUGUCUGCGCCGUCCCGCAGCACCUCGAAACGGGCGAGUACGGAUCUAGUCUGGGCGACGAAGCCAAACGACAACUGCGCGUCUGGGCCGAGGCCAACGGAGUCCAGUUUGGACGCACAGAUGCAGACUUCCAGGUUAGCUGACUUUCACUUCUUGAUGACCGAUUUUUUUCUCCGAGGUACUUUUAUCUGUAUCAUACGCUGACUGCGGGCACCUGGGGCCUGGCGCCCCGGGAAGAAUGCCUCUGGUGUGCGCGUGGUGAGGUCGAUCCUCAUCGUCGGGUCGUGUUAGACCCAUUCAUCCCACUCUGACUGGUCAGGUCUUUUCCAUGUCGUGGUUUGUUGGGCAGAGUCUACUAUCUUGACUAAAUACUUUAAAUUAUCCGAUUUUUAGACUACCUGUCAAAGUUGCGGUCUCCGAUAUGCCGUUACUCACUUUUUUGCAAAAUAGCCUCUGCCGUCUCGCCAAGUGUUCUGGAACCUGUUUUUACUUAUAUUUGACUUCAACCACCAGUCUCGUAUUGUCACUUAUGGCCAGGAUCUGCGUUCUUGUCAGGGAUGGGGUCUUUCAAGCUUGUGACCUCUUAUCAUUCCAUUUGCAGACAGUGGAGUCGAUUGUGUUCCGUGUUUCGUAUUAUACUGCGUCUGAGGGCAUGUACCCCAUUUCACAGUGGUGGCGCAUGCUCCGCCCAAAUGUGCCGUGCAGUCAAUUAUACACAUUCCAAGUAGGCCGGCGCUCGAACGCGAGGGCCGAAAAGUGUCGAAUUACAGCGACUUUUGACUGAAGGAGGCUGUUACCGUCGCACUGAGCCGCGUCCUGUCGGUUGCGGUCGGGUUUAUGCAACAGUAUGAGGGCGCUCACCGAUCCUGCUACGGAACUCACUCGCCCCGUUGUGCCUUUAGGCUCUCUCUCGAACCCCGCCGGCAGUCGCGCAGCGGCGCAUGAUAUGGAAUUGUAUACUAAACUGCGUCCCAGAAUCCACUUGCAAGUUAUUGCUUCGCAAUCAUAAAGACAUGGCCGGAUCCAUAUCGGCUAAUAAGAACGAUAGCAUUUGCCCUGCCUUAUACCUUGUCCGUUGUCGUCGUAAAUGUCUAGGAACGAUAGGCAACCAUGGCCCUAGUGUCGAAAGUGGCAUGGAAUCAGCAGUGGUCAGCAUCGCGUUGACUUGAAGGUAUCAGCUUCAGACGGCGGCUACUACGGUGUUUGGGUAGACAAUCGUGCAACCCGAGUGCGUAGGAUGUCAUCUUCGCGUACGCUUGCUCAACUGUGAAUUGUGUAGCUGCGAUUUGGACGGUUGCGGUGGUUCAGGAGUUACUAUAGGAACAGAUCACGGCUGGCGGCUCUAGAGCUCCAUUAGCUGAUCCGCAAUUUCCUGGUGCUAUUUAGCCAAUAGAUACAGUAUGUGACCUAUCUCGUGAGAGAUGUCGUAAUUUACGAAAGAUUACUACUCACUCGCAAACCGACACACGGGCGGACCAAAAUUUCACAAUAACAAUAGUAAUAGUAAUGAAAGCAAAAGAAUAUUUGGAUACAGUACCGUGUUGUUUAGAAAAAAAUUUCCCUAGAAAACCGAAAAAUUCCAAAAAUCUCACAAUGGUUUUAACUGAGUAAACCUGAGUUUUCAAUGUCCAGAAAACCUGUGCAUGCGGAAAGCCGAAUAAAUAUAACACAACGGGUAGAAUGAAAUAGUACGAGUAUAGUAGCGUUUGAAAAUAGUCCUUUAUUGAAAUUUUCACUUAGAUAUCCUUCACGAACAAGUGUAAUAUCAAGUAUGGCGGCUAGUCAGUAACCUAUAGUUUGAGUAUAGAUUCCAACACGAUUUCACGAGGAUGAACUAUAUUUUUCCCCGUCUUACAUUGUUUGCGACGCGGUUGACCUAGGCAAGCAGGAUUUCGCCGACAGUGACGUCAGAAAUAAAAUGUUUCAUAGGGUCGCAUGUUGACAAGCCGCUCAGUUACUUAUAGAUUUCAAUAGAAUUGUUCGGCGCAUUCGUAAAUUUACAAUCUUGUGUAUAUUAAGAGAACUUCCAUCAAAUGUCUUUAUAGUUAUUUCUGGUGCUGGGACAUGGUGAGUUCCAGAUGUUCCUUGAAAUAGCGCUGAACGCUUCUCGAUUUUCAGUGUUUCCAGUUGAUUUCCCGCAGAUGUAAAUUCUGUUCAGUGUUUAUCCUAACCUUCAAAAUAACGUGCUUCCCUGAAGCGUAUACUACAAUAGCGAGUUAUUGAGCAUUCUAACGCAGAUAGCCGUCCGGGUCAUAUUUGUAUACUCACACAAGCAUGAGAUCUCACCACCGAGAAACCUGAAAGUCCACAACGAAUUUUGGCUAAGAAUCUGCUUUAAAUUUAAAAACUUUCUCCCGUAAGUCGCCUCUCCAAAAACGCAUUAGUAAGGUACUUAGCUGACGGGAUGCUUGUGUACUUUGCUUUUUCCCAAGAUUAAGACAAGGCAAAAGUUGGAAUGCCUCUGCUUCCCUGGAAAUUGGUGGUAAUUUUUCUAUUAAGAAUGAAGGAACUCCCCUUUUCUUUCGUAUUAUAGUCAUUUUCGCUCUAUUUACUUUUGGGCUUCGUUUUGAGAUUGUAAAUGCACCACAGAGCAGCAUUACAAAUGUUAAAACUCGAUUUUCUGUCCAUCCCGUGUCUAAAUUACUCAUUAGCGGAGACUAGACCAUACGAAAAGCACUAUACCGUAUGCUUUUUGCUGUAUUCGCAAAAGGCAGGAAAAUGUCGGAACGUCUAAACAAAGGAAUGUCUGUAGGUGUUAGUACUGCGUUCUGGGACAUGGGGCCGCAGAGAUUUGCAAAUCCGGCUUUUUGAAAUCGAUAAAGCGUUUGGUUUUCGCAAACUAAUCCGUUUGCUCGCGCUUUGCUCUAUCUGAUUUAGGUGAUUUAAAAAAAUCAUUUUUCAUGCGAGACAAGUCUCUUGUGGUUUGAGUUUAGAUUACCAUCUUAUAAAAAAACGCGCGGACGCCGAAAACUACUGUAAGAUAGCCAUUCGAAUAGGAAACCACCAAAAUACAAGGCAACUCCAGUUUAAGAUCUGAUCGAUAAACUCUUUGGCUGAUAAAAUUAUUUAUAAACAUAUUGUGCGUGUAAAAAGGAUAUUUUCCGGAGUAGGCUAGGCGAAUAAGUAAAACAUGCAGCAUUUUAUUUGCCCACGAUCGAUCGUCUCAAUCUUCAUCAUCACGUCUCAUGCUGUAGACUAAAGCAGAUGCGUCGCAGUUGUGAUGGAAAGUUUUUCCGUCCUAAUCAUCUAACUGUUCAUUAAUUAGGAGUUAGGAUAGUUGGAGUUUAUAGGGGGUCACGCAUUUGUAAAUAAUAACGCCGAUCUUCCUCUACCAAAGUAUUAAAUUUCCAACUUGGAAGUUAGAGGGCGUAGGCUUUUGGAAUAGUCUAUUGUAGACAGAGGACACAACCGUUAACUUAAUAAAGUUUGGUCGGAUGACCGGUUUUACUCAAUUGCACACUCUUCAAGGUCACCCUAGGCCGUCAUCAAGGAAAGCUGGCCUACGUGGCACGCGUGGACGGACGAACAAAGCAAGGCAUGAUUUUCAGGAGUGUGUACCUUGUCAAGGGAACUGGUUAUCAGUAGGUGUGCUUCUACUGCAUUAGGUAGGUCAGCCGUUUCCGUUAGACUGUUAGGUUUAGUGAGGGUUAGGGUUCGACGUAGGUUAGGUUUUAAGAUUAGGAUUUGCGUUUUAAGGUCCGGUUUCAGUGCUUGGGUUACGGUUUGGCUUUAGGAUUAGGGUUCGGCUUUAGCGUUAGAGUUAUGGUUUUGUGGGUUAAGGCUAGACCAUUAAUUGACGGUUUCCGAUUUUGGGGUUAGGGUAAGGACUUCAGGUUUCGGUUUCCGGGUUACAGUUAGGGUUUGAGUUAACGAUUCGGUGUCAGUAUUACGGUUAGGUUUUAGAGUUGGCGUUAUGUCUAAGGACUACGGCAAGGUUUAAGAUUUCGGUUUGGGUUAGGGUUAUGGUAGCGGUUAGGGUUAACGCUUAAGGUUGGGUUUAGAGCUAAGGCUAGGACUAACGGUCAAUGUCAGGGUUAGGGUUAAGGCUAGGGUUAGGGCUAAGGCUAUGGCGAGGGUCAAGGUUUGGGUUAGGGUUAGGGUUAAUGUUAGGUUUAGGGAUUGGGCUAGGGUUUGGGUUAAGGCUAGGUUUAGCGUUAACGUUAGGGUUGGGGUUCAGCUUAGGGUUUCGGCUUAGGUGAGGGUUAGGGUUAAGGUUGGGUUCAGGGUUAAGGCUAAGUCUUGGGAUAAGGUUAGGGUAAGGAUUAACUUUAGGGUUAGGGUUAAGACUAGGGUUUGCGUUAAGCUUAGAGUUAAGGCCAGGUUUAGGGUUAAGGCUAGGGUUUGGGUUAAGGUUAGAGUUAAUGCUGAUAGCUAGGGUUAGCGAUAACGCUAGGGUUAGGGUUAAGGCUUGGCUUAAGAUUAAGUUUAGAGUUUGGUUUAGGGGUUGGGUUAAGGCUAGUGCUCGGGUUAACGUUAGGGUUAGGUUAUGGUUUAGGAUUUGGGUUAACGUCAGGCUUAGUGUUACGGUUAGGGUGAAGGUCAGGGUUAAGGCUAGGAUUCGGUCGAUGUGUAGGAUAAGGGUUUAGGCUGGGGUUAGGGUUAAUGUUUGAGUCAUGGUUAAGGUUCGGCUUUGGGUUAAGGCCUGCGUUAGGGUAAGGGGUUAGGGUUAGAGAUAGUGUUUCCCGGAUAAGUCCUAGAGCCUCAGAGUUAGGUUUUGGGUAUGAGGUUUCGUUGGAUUUCAGCCUUGCGGCUCAAGUGCUACCGUUCAGCCUUACAGUGAAAUUUCCGGGUUUUGUUUUUAGAUUAAGAAUUAAAGUUUAUGAGUUAGGUCUGACAAUUAGUGCUUUCCUCACGCUUGCCCCUAUGGUUAUUUUCGGUGGAGCAUUCGGUUUUCGGUUUCAGUUUACCGUUAUCCAUUCCUGUGGGUUUCUCAAUUCGGCUUCUCCUUCGGCAACGCCCUCCGUUUCAGCUCUACGGGAUCUGCAUCCCUACCACCACAUCCUGCACUCGCUCUACUCAAUGUCGAGUGGUUAACAUCUUUGCCUUCGCGGUUAGCGUCCGUUUUAUUUGUGUUUUCUGCAUGGCGGUCAUAGCUAUCGCGUGCAGUUUCCACUGCCUACGACGAGAUUACCAUCUACCUUUCCGGUGUACUUACAUAGGCGGGGCAAUUCGCUACCAUUUAAUUGCCAUAACGUUGGAUUACGCAGUUCUUACAUCCAAGGGCUACCUUCCGAGUUAUAAGAGGUAUCCGUAACGGACGUUUUGUUCUAGAUUAGCUCGCCGGUUCUAACCUUCCACGUUUCCCCAUUAGUGUUCGUCCUACAGCACUUUGGACAGCAGCCACGUUCAGUCACGGUUAUUUUCGUCAUUGCGUCUGCAUUCAGUUGUCGUGCGCAUUUGCCCUCCUUCAAGCUAGUUUACCUUGGCUUCCACUACCUGCAGAUGCCAGUCAACCGACGCAGUUUCCACUCGACAUUGUCGUCUCGGUUUUCCCUAAUACCCCCGCCCCGCCUUCCCAGCCCGCACUUACGCGCUUACAGUGCAUUUUCGCUUUGCUUUUAACCUUACGUUGCUCGAUCAACGCGUAAGUAUGCUCACCGGUGCACUUUCGCAUCCGCCGUACUUGGGUUCGAUGACGUCUUUCAGUAGUUCGCGGGCCCCCCAGACAUUCAGCCCUACCGGUGGUCCCCUUCCACAUCCGCCAUUCGCCUCGCACAGUCUCCCUCCACUAUUGCACCACGCGAUUUAGGACGGUGUUCCCUUCAUUCCCGAGGUUUCUGCACCUUGCACUUUUUCUCAAUUUUGGCGUUCGACCCAACGCCCGUCCUCUUCGUGUGCUGUCCACCGUAUUUACUUUCACGUUUGAUGUAGUGCCGGCAUUUUUGCUUGACAAUCUCCUUCCUCCGGCGUUUGUCCAACUAUUGGCACGCAGGAAAUAGUAAGACUACUGCGAGCCGCACAAUCCAGACUAUCACCUCAAGUGACCAAAUUGAACGCGAGGUUGGCAAAAUGUGUCAUUCCUUUCGUCUUCAGACUGGCCGUCUAGUUGGCCUUCGACUCGCGCAGAUGUUCCCUCCGUGUGGUAUAAACGACCACAGACAAAACAAAGGCAAUGUACUUCAGUCGAACAGAUUUCGCCAUGGCUGUUAAUAGUUCACAUAAACAUCUGCUUUGUUCGUCUGCACUGGCCUGCACAUCUAACUGCCGCUGUUCCUUCCAGAAAAACGAGGGCCGUCUUCAUUGCCUUUGGUAAUGUUAGGUGGCUUCGUUCAAACUCUGAGGCCGUUCUCAGUGCCUCUUCGUUCCGCAUUUACUACAUCUGCAGAGUACAUGCUGCUACAUGUUAACCUUACCUGUAGGCAAGAUCGUCCGUGUGUUGCCGCAGCACCCGCAGCCGCAUUGGCAAGCGACGUCAGCAGUCCCUUCGCUUGCAACUACUGCACAAGCUUCGGUGACUGAAUCAUAUCCUGCAUUUCGCCAAAUUUCGUUGGUUGAGUGACUUGCGGAGCUGCCUUCCUCGGUUUCCUUACAGUCCGCGGUCUAAAAGAGGACAAAAUAUACGGUGAUAACUUGGUAAACCAUGCCGGUUGCCCUGUUUCACUCUUUUUUCGACUCCGCCACGGUUACCAGCUACGUCGUCUUCUGUUUAAUGCGCCAAAUCGUAAGCCACCUGCCGCCGCGUCUCCCUGGCCGCCUAUUUUUGCUUACUUCUUAACCAUCCGCGUUGUCACUUACGGCAAUUUGGCUUAGUUGUCGUUAAUUCUACUUCCGCUCGCCACUUCACCGACAUUCAUGAUAUUGCCUGCGCUUUUCGGGUACGCUGUGCGGAAUGACCUUGCCAUCCGCCGCCUACAUCUCAUUAGUUCCCAGGGUGCUAUUAUGCGCUUAUCCUAUCGUUAUUAACCUCUGUCAUUUUCCGCAGGUUGUACCGUUUACAGUGGGAUUUUUUAAAUUUCUAUCAUUAUUCCACCUACUUAAAACUCCCACACACUUUCGCCAGUAGCUUUAUUUUUCCCUGAAAACUCCAGCAUUCUUCUUCCAGCCCACUCGUAAAACCCCCUUUCCCACCAUUCCCCUAAGACAGGGGCCUCGCUGUCCACUUCCUCAUUCCUGGCUACCUACUGCGAUCUACCUCGAAAAUCGAUUAAAAAUUAGUUCUACUUAAGUAGUCAUUUUUACUGAGUGUUGUUUUUGCAGGCAGCCAGAUAGAAGCGUAUUCAAAAGCCGACAUAUUUAGCUGGCUGAAAUGUCUUAGGGUUAUUAUUCAAGCAAUUCAAUAUUACAAUCCCGCUCAAGUAGUCCGUCCUAAUCGAAAACACAGCCGCGAGUUUUCGGUUAACAUGCCAUGGGAUAGAUCAAGUACUGUACUUCAGUUUAGCGGUGUUACAUUUCGUGGGCUCAGCACACCCCCUCCCCCUCAUCUCGAUCGUCGCAUCUCAAAGACUGACAGGGCCUCGAUAUCACUACCUUAUCUUUUGAUUUUUCCGACCUCAGUAGCUAACCUGCAUUUCAUUCUUUGCAGCGCCAACGCGAGAAUCGGAAAAAGUAUCGCAAACAGAAGCGGAAGGCCUGGCUCCGUCGGAAGCUAAAGGGCGCUAAAGGUGGCUGCGUCCCUCUGCCGUUGACGCCCGCGCAUGCAGCCAUCGUCUCUGAAGUAGAGGAGACGUCGACACCCAAAGGCAAACCGCCUGCAGGGGAUGUUCCUCGUCUGGAGAGCUCUGACGAUGAAGGGGAUGAAAGCCAAUUCUAUGUGACUGGCAGGUCCAAGGAGCUGGACAGUCGAUUGACAACACCAUCCACAGGAAGAAAGAGACCGGCUGAGACUUCACCGGACCUCUCUUUGUCAUUGUCGUCGUCAUCUGACGAGAAAGAGGAGGAGGAGGCCCCUGAGGAACUCCAAAAGCGGACAAAGAGGAGACGCACCAGGGGCAAUAAGACGACCCCUAAAGCAAAAAAAUCCACCCCACUUACUGCGAAAAAAUCAGCAACGAAAAGGAAUACCAAGGCUUCUAUCUUGGCAAGCGAAAGAAAACCGGUCCGGUCGUCGCCUCGGCUACUCAAUUCAGUGGCUUAG